AUGAUCAAUGGGCAAUUACCAUCUUCAAUCAGGCAUCUUAAAAACUUGGAGGAGCUAUACCCCUAUGGAUGCAAUUUCUCGAGUUCCAUUACAAGAUCGCUUACAAACCUCACGCGAUUAACUUUGCUUGAUCUUUCACAAAGCAAUUUUCAAGGCUCAAUUCCUUUAGGCAGUAACUCAAUCAAUGGAUCAAUUCCUUCUUCCUUUUUUCAUCUUGUGAACCUUACCUAUCUUGAUCUUUCGUCAAAUAAUUUAAGCGGCACUGUUGAGCUAGACACAUUUGCAAAGCUUGAAUAUUUGGGUUAUGUGGAUCUUUCAAACAAUAGUCUAUCAUUGACCACUACCAACUCCACCCACUCCUCUUUCCGAAACAUUAGGACAUUACGAUUGUUGUCUUGCAAUAUAAGUAAAUUUCUUGAAUUUCUAAAAACCCGAAAGGAAUUGUUAGAGAUGCUAGACCUUUCAAACAGCCAUCUAAAUGAAGAACUCAAUCCACUCUGUAAUCUUCAUUCUCUUGCAUAUCUCGAUCUGUCCAAUAACCAAUUUGGCAGAUUAAUCCCUACUUGUUUGGAGAACUUAGAACUUGACAUUAGCCACGAUGGAUUACAAGGGGUGCUUCCAAAAUCAUUGGCGAAUCGCACAACGCUAGAAGUUUUGAAUGUGGGUCAUAAUUUGAUAAUAAAUACUUUUCCAUUUUGGUUGGAGAACCUACCUCAGCUGAAGGUUAUUGCCUUGCGAGAUAAUAAAUUCCAUGGACCAAUUGGGCAACCAGGGAAGAGAUUAGCCUUUACAAAUUUGAACAUCAUUGACGUAUCUCACAAUAAUUUUAUAGGAUAUGAAAUGGAAUACGUUAAGAUCCUCACCAUGUUUAAAGCAGCUGAUUUUUCACACAAUAAGUUCCAUGGAAAGAUUCUUACAUCCAUUGGAAGACUAAAAGCCCUUCAUGUUCUAAAUUUUCUAAGAAAUGGGUUCACAGGUCGCAUUUCAUUGUCCUUGGUGAAUCUCACUAAGCUCGAGUCCUUAGGUCUAUCCCAAAACAAGCUCUCUGGUGAGAUAUCUCAACAAUUGACGAGCUUGGCAUUCCUUGAAGUUUUUGAUGUCUCACAAAACAAUCUAAUUGGGAUUAUACCACAAGGUUAG